CUCACUCCACUGCUGGUGGAUUGCUCUGAAUUCGUCUUUGCACCCUGUCGCUUGGCAGCUGCCCCGGAAGUUGUCGCCGGGGCCGGUUCAGCUCCGGUAAAGUCGCCGCCGGACAGCAAGGGGCCCCCGUAGAGGCCGGGACGAAGUCGGCACUGGAGAGCGGUAGGAGGGCGGCCGGGCCUGGAUGAGGCUCCCUGAGGAGGAGCCGUAGCGGCAGCAGCAGAGAAUCUGGUUGAAAAUGGAAAUUGAGGACUACAAUGCUCGCGCCUAUAUGUCUGCUGGAGAUUCAUCUCUGGAGAAGGAGUUUUCAGAAGCAUUGAUUGGCCCCUCUGUGAGCACGCCAAAUAGCCGGCGCUCAUCUCCAAGCCGCUCACUAAGUGCAAAUUCUAUCAAGGUGGAAAUGUAUAGCGAUGAGGAAUCUGGUCGUCUUUUCAACCAUGAAGAUAGGCUAAGCGACAAAGAAGACGGGACCAUGCCUGAUGACUCUCUGGUAGAUCCACUUGGGUACUGUGAUGGUUCUGGACAAGACCCACACUCUCCAGGAGGUAUACGCCUCCCCAACGGCAAGCUAAAGUGUGACAUUUGUGGGAUGCUCUGCAUCGGUCCUAAUGUGCUGAUGGUGCACAAGAGAAGCCACACGGCAGUCAGCGGGGACUUUAUGUUUGAUGCUGUUUCAGGUGAGCGGCCAUUCCACUGUAACCAGUGUGGUGCCUCCUUUACCCAGAAGGGGAACCUCUUGCGGCACAUCAAGCUGCACUCGGGUGAGAAGCCUUUCAAGUGCCCGUUCUGUAACUACGCUUGCCGUCGGCGAGAUGCAUUAACAGGUCACCUGCGCACCCACGCUGUCUCCUCCCCCACAGUCGGCAAGCCUUACAAGUGCAACUACUGCGGUCGUAGCUACAAGCAGCAGAACACACUGGAGGAACACAAGGAGCGCUGCCAUAACUACUUACAGAGCCUCAGCAAUGAAGGGCAUCACCUCUCUGCACAUUCAGGUGAGGAGAUACGAGACCUGGAUCUGGGACCAGAUGCCCUGAUGCACCCCACCUCUGACCCGCCGUCUUUUAUGGACCGGCUGGCGAGCAACCUCACAAAACGCAAGCGCUCCACUCCUCAGAAAUUCAUGGGGGAGAAACAGAUGCGGCUUAGCCUUGCAGAUCUUCCAUAUGAUAUGAAUUCCAGCUUUGAGAAGGACAUUGAGAUGAUUCCACAUCACCCUCUUGACCCUUCUUAUGGAAAUCCUUUAGCUUUUGUUGGAGGUCCUAUGCGCUUGCCCCAUACAAACUCCGAAAUCACCCCAGUCAUUAGCUCAGUGUACACCCAACUCCAGCCCAUGUCGGGAAGGCCAGACAUGCCAGGAAAUCGAGAAGCAGCAGAGGGCCAUGAGGACAUACCAGAUGGGACACCGCUUCAUUACAGAGGUCGGACUGAACAUGGAGCUUCUCCUUCUAAUGGCUGCCAGGACUCAACAACAGACACAGAAAGCAACCAUGAAGAAAGGGGUUCUCAGGCCACCAGCAGUCGGCAGAGCCCGGCAUAUGCCAAAGAGGAUCAGAGACCUGAAUCAGGUGUUAUAAAUACUUUCCGCUCUGGGCCUGGCACUGCCAAGGAAACCCUGCGGGUGCUGGGACCUGAUGGGGAGCAAGUGAAGGUAUUUAAGUGUGAGCACUGCCGAGUACUUUUCUUAGACCAUGUAAUGUUCACUAUCCACAUGGGUUGCCAUGGCUUCAGAGACCCUUUUGAGUGCAAUAUAUGUGGCUACCACAGCCAGGACCGGUACGAGUUCUCAUCCCAUAUUGUGAGAGGAGAGCAUAAAGUUUAACAGUGGGGUUAGGGGUGAAGCAAUGGAACUGCACUCACCCCAUUCCACACAAAAAUAAAAAGGCAAAGAUGCACAGUCAGACCAGGUGGCUGACAUGUUUCUGGUAAUGUCAUUCAAGAUGUAACUCUUUUACAAGUUUUUAUUCUAUUUUUUUGUUUUUGAUGAGACUGGGUGGAGCAGAAAAUCCCUAAGCACUUUUUAAAUGUAAAUUUUUGUUUUGUUUCUCCUUUUUAUCAUCUAAUUUAGCACUACUGUAAUCUGUUAUAGGAAGCGCAUUUCAAAGCUUGGGGUCAUGGUUGCCGUUUUUUUUUUUUUUUUUUGUGUGUAAGGUUAGCAAGGCACUACUGGAGUACUGACCAAGUGUUAUAGGACCGUAACAAUCGUUCUAUUCUGCCUCAUUUUGGUAAAUGCACUUAGAGCGCCUUGUUGCCUUUUGUGGUAUACUUGCAUUACAAGAGAUAUACUCUUUGGCUUUGUUGCCAGUGCUUGGAUUGCUCAGAAGAGGAUUUAAGGACAUGGUGGAUUCGAAGACACAACAUUUGGCCCUCCAGGUGUAAGUGAACUAAAACUCUUAAUAGCCAUUACAGAUAUUGAGUGUUGUAGUUCAGCCGCCUUUGCCCUUCCUUGCGGUGAGUGGUUAUUUUUCAUGUUAUGGUCUCCUAAUUUCAGCAUUCGGUAAUGUCCUGGCUGCUUGAUAAGACACAGUGCUCUUAAACAUUUUCAGCAUCGUUCUGGCACAAUAAUGGGCAAGUGUAGCACCUUAAGAAGACUGUUUAGUAAUGAAAAGAAUAUAACUUGCACUCAAACCUCAUUACAGAACUAAAUCCUCCAUUUUUUUCGUUCUAACCUUUUAAUAUUCUUUGCACUUACUGACAGACUAUGUUUAAUGUUUUUAUCAGGCUGAAAAGCAAAAAUAUGCUACCAGUUGUAAGUGGUCUGUUUUUGUUUCAAUUGAAUGAUCCAUUGUGUUAUUUAGUUGCCUACUUUCCUUGGUAUAUUUAUUUUUUGCCUUUUCUGCUAGUCGUGGCUGUAAUACUUUGUCAGCAGUGCAAGGUUAAGCUUUGUCCAUCAGUUUAUAUUAUUGUGAUUUAUUUUAUUGCCCAGGUAUUGUAAUUUGAUUUUUGUAAUUGCCUGUAAUGUUACCUCACACCCUAGUGAUCCUUUCUUCUUUUGCACAUAACACACAAUCAGAAAUUUGUAUUCCGAUCUAUUUCUUUUAUAUUUUUCAAUGUCUUUAAUUUUUUUAUUUUUAUUUUUAGCAAUUUAGAAUUUAAUUUUGAAUUAGCAGUAGACCUCCUUUUUAACUCUGUGUAUCAGGCUGUACUUCUGAUGUACUCCUGUCGGGGCACAUCUAUAGACUUGUGUGGCAGGGUUAGAUAGUAACGGUAUUGCUGGACCCUGGGAGAUACAGGACAAGCAGUUCUGUUUUUCCCCAGGAAAACGAUAUGCUCAUUCCUAAUUGGAUGAAUUUUGUUAGAUGCAACGUUCUCGUUUAUGAAACCAAAUUAAUAAUCAGAAGUCACUUAAUUUUUGGACAGAUUCUCCAAGUGCCUUCUGUAUUUCAGGAAACUACUUAGCGGAACAUGAGCACUGGCCAGCUGUUAAGGUGUUGUGUAUAUAUAAUAUAUCUGGUUUUGAUCCUACCGAGAGCCCAACGUUUACACGGUCUGUUUUUGAUUUAGCUGUAAGCCUGUCGUUCUAUUCAAACCAUAAUUUCUAGUAGUUAUGCACUCAGUCGCCUAAUUUUUAUUCCAUUAUAUUGGGUACUUUAAAAAAAAAGAUGUCUGAUUUUGUUUUUGCUUCUCAAAAGUCAUAGCACAAGCGGUUUCUUUAAAAGAUAUUUUCUUCAACAGGAAAUAAGGGAUAUGACUCGACGCCAUUUGAUGAUGUCUUGGAAUAUUCAGUAACUCUGCUUCUUUGCAGACCCCGCUAACCGCGGCCCUCACAAGUAUUCUGGUUCUUACCCUUCUAUACAGUGCUAAGUAGUUGUUCAGCAGAAUUUUUACACUUUCUGUAUGUGUUGCGAGGGGUGUAGUACGGUAUGCCGGCGCUCGGGCUCCCGGCGACCAGCAUACCGGUGCCGGGAGCCUGACCGCCGGCACACCGACAGCGUGGCGAGUGCUAAGGAGCCCCUUGCGGGCUCACUGCGCUCGCCAUGCUGCGGGCACGGUGGCGCGCUACGCGUGCCACACUAUUUUAUUCUCCCUCCAGGGGGAUCGUGGGCCCUCACGAGGGAGAAUAGCUGUCGGUAUGCCGGGUGUCGGGAUUGCGGCGCCGGUAUACUGCGCGCCGGGAUCCCGACAUUCGGCAUACUGAAGACCACCUGUUGCGAGACAUGUAUGAGUCCAAUUAAAACUGCAGCCGUCACCCCAUAUCUCCUCACCGGACAGCAGUACAGUUUCAUUUAGUUGUGGGAUCCCUUGUAAGUCAGUAGUUUCAUGUAAUGACUGGUAUGCAUAGUUUGAUGGCUUUAAAUCUUGAUCACUUAAGGUGGAGUUGAGAAUAGAUGUUCACAAUCUGAUUUAAAAAGAAUUUGGAAAGUGACCAAGGCUGUAUUCACUUUUGAUGCCCAAAAACAUUAUUUCUAGUCUGUACUAUCACAUAUUGAGACCGUAAUGCGGCAAUUCAUUGCAGUUCCCACUUAUUGUCCUGUAGGACCCUAAACUAAAAUGAUAUAAACCUAUUUCUAUUAUUCCCUAGAAAUUCUAAUUGUAAGCAUUGCAGGGUAUGUCCAGCACUUGUUUUCUACAUAAGUUGCUUUUGAAUUAGAUUAUCUGUGGUGUCUUUUAAAGUAGCUGCUGUAUUUUUUAUUUUUUUUAUUUAUAUUUAAAAAUAAAUAUUUUAUGCCUAAAUCUCCAGCAGCUAAGUGAUCUCUUAGAACUGGUGCCUACACCAAUCCCUCCCAAGGACAGCUCUUUUUCUCUCCCACCAGGAUGAUUCCCAGGCUUCAAACCAAAGGCUCUUUGUUUUGUUUCUAAUAAACCAAGGUACACAAAACGCCUCUGGAACAAUACACGUAUCUCUUGUAAGUGGAAGUAAAUUGACCUCAGUGGUUUUCAUUCUAUUUCCUCUACUGAUGAAGCAAAGUCACAUUCCCUUCUAUACUCUGAAUAUAUCCAAGUGCUAUAAAUAGACUCAUAUUGUCGGAGUUGAUAUCGUAAUGGGAAAGCAAUUCUUUAUUUGAACUGUCUCAGUUUAACAUUUAGAAAUAUGACAUUAUGUUGGUGCUAUAUUACAUAAACAUUGGUUCCUCAAACCCUUCACAUCCUCUCCUUCCAAGUUUGGUGGCAUUUACGUCUCAUGACAUGUUUUUUUGCUAUGGUGUGUGUUUUCCAGUUUUAUGAAGGGCAACACCCCUUCCACUUACUCUACCCUACUACUACUACUACUACUACUUCUACUACUACUACUACUACUAGGCCUUCCCCACUAUCCCCUCAAUAGUGUAGUGUUCCAGUAUAUACUUUAACUGGGCACUUUGCUGGAUAGCUUCUGUGAAAGCUGUAAGGGAGCAAGAUGAUUGGAUACGAUGGAAUCACUAUUAUUUUGUGCUUAUGCACAUAGUUUCUAUCCUUUAAUAAUAAUCCAUUACAGUAAGUACUGGGAUCUGUCUGUAAAUGGGGUCCAACCAGUAUAAUAUUAUGAGAAAUGGGGUAGUUGUGCAAGUCCCCUAUUUAAAAAAAAAUGUUAGAAAGUCCUUUUUAAAUUGCUCAAAUUGAGGCACUUUGUAAUAUGUAUUUUGACUGUCCUAUAUUGUUACAUUUUGCAUAUCAUAAGAUUAUACCUGUAUAUUUUUUCUAAAAACAGACGCACACCUAGACGCACGGAACCUUUACUUGUUGACUUCUCUUGAAAUGCGAAGUUCCCGCAAGUUACAUUUCUCAUUCAGAGUAUUUUUUUUUAAAUAACUGCUUUCUUGUUUUCUUUAUACAAUGAAAUUGCCUACAAUGUGUAAUUGUCACUAAUAUAAAUAAUAUAUAAUUACACCCUGAUAUCCACUAGCAGGUUACAUGAAGACUGACUGGAACGCAGGCGUACAAGCCAUUCAGCUGAUCUGUAGUUAUGAAGUGUGGCCUCUCUUAUUUCUAUUAUAUGAAUUUAUGGUUGAAUAUUUCAUUUUUUUGAGAACAAAGAUAUCCUGCUCUAGAACUGUCAUGAGAACUAGAAUAAUGGUCCAGUAACUGGCAGCGAGACAAGUCUUUUUUCAAAAGUAUCCUGCUAUUGGAUCAUGCUGCUUAAUCUGUUUGAUGCACUACCCAAAUAACUUGUGUGUUUAUCACAUAACCAACUAAGACAAAUUUGUAUUUAAGACUAUCCAAAAAUAUGUGUUGGGGUGUGUGUGUGUGUAGAGGUUGGUUCUGUCAAAUGUAUUUCAACUUCACAGUCUGAUCCAUAUAUCAUAAUUAUUCUGCACUGUGAUGUUUGAGCCCAAACUGAUGUUUUUUAAUAAGUACAUUUUGAGCCAUUGUUAAAUAUUUUAGUAUUUCGGUUUUUCCAUAUCUUCAUUGACCACAAGCAGUCAAAGGUGAACUUAAAUGUUCUUAAUUAUGUAGUUUAAGGAGCAAUUUUGUGCUAUAAUUAUUGAACUUCAUAACAACCAAUGACAUAUGGGCUUUUAUCAGGUUAGUUUGCUCUGGGUUACAUAUGUUAUUAGGGCACUAUAUUAUGUGAUAUACAGAAAUAAGUAGUACUUGGAAAUCAAAGCUCUACAUAUUGCUUACACCAGACUAUACAUCUAUACAUGCACGUUACACUGCCUUACAAAAUUGAGAUUUAUUGAAGGACCUGAUUCUAUAGACUGGACAGCUGCAAAAGGUUUUGUUGGCAAAAUGUUUUCAGAAGGCUGCCAUGAGAAAUACUUGGUGCUAACAUAGAAACUUGUCUUCCUUGUAAUCAGCAUAGUAGGUUAGUUAUUUUACAAAUCAUGCAAAAAUAUUAUUACAUAAAUGUAUUUUAUUUUCCAAAAACAUUUUAGGUUUUUUCAUUUACAUUUUUUUUUGUACAAAAGAGAAUUAUUAUGAAGUUUAAAAAACAGCGAAAAAUUGUACAAUGAACAUAGAAUAAUAUUGUGUAUGGUCAUUAAAAUAGCAAACAAAACAUUGCUGUAAAUUCCUAUACUCCGCACAUGCAGCAUUUUCAUUCUACCACUUCGACGUAGCAUCAAAGGCAGUAUAGAUACCUAUGGCAAUUUAUUAUAUUAAUGACUAGAGUAAAAUAUGACCAGAUUAAUGCUUCAUUGCUGGUCAACCAUUCUACCUUGGUCAAAGAAAAAAAAAAAUAGGUUCACCUAAGAGAGCUACAUAUGCACUGUGUUUUUCCCUGGGGAGACGCCUUCCACCCUGCACAGACUGUGAACUUUGCUGUAUAAUGGAAACUGACCCAGGAACGAGCUUUCUAGUCUGAGAGCCUGACCCUUGGCUCACUUCUGUGCUAGCUUUCUCUACACCUCUCUGCUCUCCCACCGUGCCUACUACAGGAGGAUUGCCAGGGAGAAAGCAAAGCUCACCAGUUUGUUCUCUCCUGGGUGAAUGAUGCAUAAGCCAUCAUCUGACCUGGGGACAAGUCUGCUUUAAAUUGCUGCAAUCAUGCUGCUAUCACCUAUGCUGGGCACACAAUAAACUACAGCCAACUACAGUACUUGGGUGGUUGGAACAAAAAUCUGGUAGCAGAUGUUCUUUUGUUCCUAUACAUUACCAAAUAGUAGAAAAUGGGCAAAAACAGUGGUUUAGAGAAAUAGGUUUAGUCAAAUGGAUUUAACCAACUUGUUUGAAUAACCGUUUCGUUCAUUUUCCAGCGUUCUGUUGCAAGCGGCUGAUUGUAGCAAUGGGUUGUUGAUGGGAACUGAUCAUGGCACUGCUGAUUAGAACCAUCAUCCAGCAACACAAUAAAAGAUAGUUGUAAGUUUAUUAGUAGCCAAAUGCAGCCCUGAUUGGCUCGCUCUUCUUAAGAAACUUCCUAGUUUAGCACAUGCUUUUUAAAAACGAUCCGGUCUGUAAACAUAUUGUACAUAAACAAAACGGUUCUAGUAAAACGUAUACAUGUAACUGCAGGAAAGCUUUGAUGACAAUGCUAUAUCUAAAAUUUCUGUGUGUAUUAGGUCAACAGAUUUCUUACACUUCUGCAACAUGUGAUAUUUAAUGGUAUCACAGCAGCUAACGAGUAUGGUUCAAUGAAAAAUGCAUUCUUUUUGGACAGGACAGCGGUCUGCUCAGACUAAGACUGCAGAAUCAAGCAUGUUGCCUUCUAAACGACUGGCUCCUUUUCAGGACUCCAUAUACAGGGUGAUCCUCGUAGUGCUUUUUCUUGUAUCCAGCUACAGAACUUGCAUUCCACUCACGAUAGACAAAAAAAACAACACUAUUUUAUCUUCCAGUGCAUUACAUGUAUAACACAGGCCUGGUGCCUUCACUGAUACUUGUUCCAUUGAAAACCAAAUAGAUUUUCUUUAUUAGAACAAGGUCGGCAAAUGAGAGGGAAUCUGCAUUGCUGUGCUUACAUACAGGAGCAUUCAGCUCUUAAGUUGAAAAAAUAUAAGACUAUCCAAAUUGUACGUUCCAUGUUCCCACCAUUUUUGCAACAAGUGCAAUAUUUCCAAUGGUUUUUAAAUAUUUUGCAACCACUGGGUUCAGUUUGGUUCUGUUAGAUUUCUCCUCUUUUGUUUGUGAGGUUAAACUUGCUUUUAAAAAAAAUAGCUGCAAAGCGUUUUUUGUAACUGUAACAUAGUGUAAGUAAACAUUUGUGUAAUGGAGAUACUGUAUGUUUUGUAUUGUUCUGGCUGAAGAUCUGUUAUAAAUAAAACAUGAGUAAUUUA